AUGCAGUUUGAAAGAGGAAAAUUGAGGCUCAGAGACAAAGUCUGGUUCAGGAACAGGCGGUUCAAACAGAGGAAGCAGCAGAAGCAGCAACAGCAGUCACUACAGCAGUCCAGCCAGAUCCUUCCAGCCAAGAGGAAUAUGCCCUCCUCACUCAGAAUGUCCACCAACCCUUACUCUUUUUUUCCUACAGUUUUAAAUCUCCAUAGCUCCCCUCCAUAUCAGCCCAUGAGCCCUUCUGACUGUUCAGAGGACUUUGUCUUCACAGAGAGCCCUGAGAUUGAUUUCCAAGUGCAAGAUCCUCAGCUGGAGAGGCUGAUGGCCUCUGUCCCUGCUCUAUUUCCUAACACCUAUGACAUAAUUCAAAUCAUAGAACUGUACAGUUUUCCUGGUGAGUGUGAGGUUUCUAGCUGUUCCUUCAGCUGUCUGUGUCAGUAUCUUUCACAUGCAAGGUCCCAGCUAGAAGGGCAGACUGUCUCUCUCAGCACCUUUCAUGGUCCAGCUGUAGGUCCACCUCCUGGGCAAACCUGCACACCCAGUAUAAUGAGCCAAGGCUCUGCUCCCUGCAGUCUCAGAGAUAGCCCAGCAUUCCAGAGCCUCCCCACUAGGUAGACUUUGCAUUUAUUUCUCUGACCAA